GAGGGAGAAGAUGUUUGACACCUGCAUUUUUGGCUUGGGAGAGUCAUACUCGAAAGUUGAGGUACCCAGUUACGUUUAGGAGCUACCCCGAUAACCCAAGCUUUCUACCCCAUUUUACAAUAUAUAUUAUAGCUUAGCUGGUGUUAUGCUCAUUAGUUAGUAAUGUAAAGCCAUCUUUCAGAACAAGGGUAGAGGAAAAUGUCCGACUGAAUACAAGUUUUAACAAUACUAUGUCUAAUUGGGGCAUCAACGAAACGGAACAUUAUUGGGUUGGCACUUUAGGUUUGGCCUAAGCGCGGCACUCCACCUCUUCCUUCCGGCCUGGACUCCGGAGGCAGUUGGAGUUGUCCGUCCACUGUUUCGCGGCCGGACUUGUCUGUUAACAGCUGUUAACAGCGAACUGCCUUCACAACAGCAAUUGAAGAUCAUCAACACUAGCAGCGGCAGCAGCAGCAGCAGCAGCAGCAGCGGAGGUAGCUAGGUCAUCGCCUUCGAGGAAAGCACACCCACCCCUUGCAGGGUUGCAAGCAAAAGUUGGCUUGGACGCCAACCUCCCCAACCUCUCUACGCAUCCCCAUCUCGGCGUUAUCCUUACCAACGACUGCAGCUAACACACCUUCGCCGUCACCACUCUGAACACCUCCGCUGCUGGCGAGUUUGGCGCAGCAGCUACAUCAGCAUGGACAAGUACGGCGACGAUGAGGUGGAGUUCGGGAACGAUGACGCCAACGUCCACAAUGAUGCCGUCAUGCUCAUGACAAACAUGUCCCAGUUGGACUCCGUGAUGCACCCGGAGGCGCUGCUGAUGAUGUCCACUGAGCAGUCGCAGCUGCCCGACCCACAUCACCACCACAUGCACCACCACCACCUCCUUCUCCACCACCCCACCCCACAUCAACAGCGACCACAGCAUCCUCAUCCUGCUACAGAAGGAGCCGUGGCGUCUCAGAACGCACUCCAGGGAGGGGCCGGCCGGCAUGGCGCCCAAACGCUCCUGCCGCCACUGACGUCGCGCGUACCCUACCAAGACGGACUGCUCCUCAGCGCCGACGUCCUGCCGGGCUUGCUGAAGACAUCCCCGCAUGUUACCCUUGACGGCUACGUCGGUUCAGGGACCGUAGGCGGCGCCGCCCAUGGGGGGCCCGGCGGCGGCCGCGGUGUCGGUGGCAGCGGGAAUGUGGUGGGCAGCAGCCCCGCUGUCGAGCACUUUGGGCGCGUGUCUUUGCACGCGCCCCAGGCGCCCAUCCGCCGCUCCACGCAUGCGGCGCUGCCGGCUGAGGCUGUUUGCGUAGCUUCCUCGGAGAGCACGACAACGACGAUGGCGGCGCCAACCGGCCGCGGUACGGAGCGACUGAUGCAGGGCGGCGUGUUGGCGGCGGAGGAGCCGCCGCCGACCCCGCACCUGUUUGCGCUAGCAGACGAUGUCGCCGCUGAUCGUGCUGCCAGCGGUGCUGACGCCCCUGCUUACGGCGGCAUGUUCCCUUCGGCGGCACCAGGGUACGCGGCAGGGCAGCGGCCAGCGUUGGUGGUAUGGACGAGUCAGCGUUAUCGGGUGCCCGACGAUUGCAGUACAACGUCGCUAACGAUGGCGCCGUCAGGCUUAGGCGCGUCAGAGCCCGGAGCAGAUGUGGGCUGGGCUGCAGGCGGAGCUGCAGCGGCCGCCGCCUCCGUCGCUGCCAAUAGCGGACCCCUGCUACGGCCCACCCGCGCCGGCAGCAACGUACCCUCCCAACUCGCCCGCCCUGCCCAGUCUGCCUUUUCGCUAGGAGACGCUCCUUCCGUCAACACAGACUCCUGCUGCGAUGAGCCCCAACAGCGGGGUGAGCAGCCAGCGGCGGCUUCGUCGCCGCGGCAGGUUCCAUCCCAGUUCCCCAUCAGACGCAGCUCCUCUGUCGCGCCGGCGCCAGGUGAGGCCAUGGCACCUGCAGCUUCCUUGCUAGCCGUGGCACGACGUGCCUCCGACGCCGUUGGGGUGACGUCGUACGGUGCUUCUGCUGCACGUGACGUCAUCUGCGCUGCCAGCUCCCAUAUCGCUGGCGGCGCUGCCGCAGCAGCUACUGCUGUCCCUGCCGUUGAGCGCGGUUCCGGCGGCAGCGCGCCCGCGUCCGCCGCCAGUAACGUGCCGAGCUCGACGCUGGCAGGAUCAACCGCAACAGCGUCGCCGUCAGGGAUUUCCGCGGGCCGGCUGGGAAGCCCCCUAUCCUCUCCAACCAGUCGCCCCAGUAACGACAAGAAGCUUAGCACAAGCAGCAAUGCGAUGUCGCCGACGCCGAAGUCGCUCGGGGCCGUCGGCGGUCGUAGCAGCGGAAGUAGCAAGGCGUAUGACAGUGUUGUUGCUGACCGUCUUGCCAGCAGCAGUACAGCAUCUGUAGCAGGAGCAGCAGCAGCAGCAGGGGCGCCACUGGCGCGUUGGCAGCAAGCUGCACGGGAGACGGGUUUGGCGGCGAGCAUUGCGAGGGGUUUCCGAACGCUUCGAGACCAGUAUGCGGAGAAUUUGGUGGAUGAGCGACAGCUGCGGGUUGUUGCACGCCUCGGGGAGGGCACCUUUGCUCGCGUGGAUAAGUGCCUCUACUCACCCUCCGACGGCGCCAAAACCUUCCUGGUGGCUGUGAAGCGCAUCAAGGAGGCCAUGCUGCUGAUGGAUCACGACCCCGAGGAUGUGCUGCUGUUCAUUCAGGAGGCACAGCUGCUGAGGAAGCUUAACCACCCCAACAUCGUGCAGUACAUUGGCAUCGGCUUCAUCACAGCGGGCUCCGGGCUGAUUGACGUCAACCCCUUUGAAGCGCUGGGGCAGCUCACCGCCGCAACCGCCCGGCAGCGCCGCCGCAGCAGCGUCAGCAGCGACAUGUCCGCCCGGCCCCCCGUGACCUCACCCCGGCCGCACCGGCUGCCCUCCCAGCAGCCCUCACAAGCCUCCCAGCAGCCCUCCUCCUCCUUUGCAGCGCUGUCCGCCUCCCUGACCAUUCCCGACGCCUCCUCCUUCGCUUCGGGUUUUGAAACCGAGCCUUCAGCGCUUCGUCAAAAGUCUGGCAGUGUGAUGAGGCCGGGAGGGGUUCCGGCAGGUGGUGUGAUGAAGCCUGCCAUGCGUCAUGGCAGCAGCAGCGGCAGGCCCGCGGGUCCUGUGGCUGAGAAGGUCGACCGCCCUGCCGGACAGCCACAGCAGCACCACAACCAUCAUCAUCAUCACCACCACCGACAGCAGGGGCAGGGGCAGCAGGGACACGUGGGCAGGCGGAACAGUGGCGGCAUGGUAGCGGGUAACGGCGCUGCGGCUGGGGCAGUGAAGCAGGGAGCGCAGACGUCAGAUGGCGGAGGUGGUGGUGGUCUAAUCCUGCGGGGGCUGUUUAUCGUGGAGGAAUACCUGGCUGGAGGCUCGCUGAAGGACCUGGUACGACAGCAGAUGCGGCAGCCACAGCGGCAGCUGUACAGCAAUGCUACGGCUCUCAAGUGGAUGGCCCAAGUUGCCGGCGCUUUGUCGUACAUGCACACGUGCCGGCCGAAAGUGCUGCACCGGGACAUCAAGCUGGACAACCUGCUGCUGUCGUCACCAACAGCAGCAGGGCCGUACCGGAAUGGAUCUGGAUCCACCAACGGACUUGGCAGCUCCGGAGCUGUCGGUAACGGCAAAGGUGACCCACGGGUCGCCACCCCCAUGGACGGCGCCAACAUCAAGCUGAGCGACCUGGGCCUUGCGACCCUGGUGGCGCACCACCAGCCGGCGCAGGGGCAGCAGCAGCAGGGGCGGCUGACGGGCGUCCGUGACUCCCGUGCGGAAUGGGAGCUGUUGGACUUUGAUGCCGCCGCCAAGGAAAUAGCCUCCGGCCUGCGCCAACCCAGCGAGGCUUCCCGGUUGGUCCGGCAGCGGGUGCAGGCGGCCACGCACGCGCCGCCGCACCUGCGGCCCGCGGCGGAGGACGAGGAGGAGCUGUCCCGCAUGCUGGACUCGCAUGCGUCCGGCCGCCUGGGGACCUACAUGUACAUGGCCCCGGAAGUACAGCGCCGGCAGAAAUACGACGAAAAGUGCGACUGCUUCUCCUUCGCGGUGGUCAUGUACGAGGUGUUCCACCGCUACAUCCUGGUGUGCUCCCUGGAGGCUCCCGAGCAGAUGGAGGACUACGCGAGACAGGUGGCCCACGGCUUCCGUCCCGCUAUCCAUGACGACCUGCCUCCGGAGCUGCGGCGGCUGAUCCGGGAGUGCUGGGCGCAGGAGCCGGCAGCUCGCCCCGACAUGGCGUCAGUGGCCUCGCAGCUGCAGAGCAUGAUGGCUUCGGGAGUGGUGGCAGGACUGGACAGGAGGCAACAGGCAGCGGGAGGUUGCGGCUGUGGCGGCUGUGUGAUAUCGUGAUUGCGAGGGGCGCGGGUUAGGGGCGGUUAUACGCAGCGGUAAUGAUGUGCACGGUAGUGCAUGUACGGCAGCUGUCGCGUCAUAGGUUGUGUUGGUUUCGAGAGGGUGGUGGCCACGUGCAGUUAUUGCGUGUUGCUGGCUGCGGGUUGUGUUACGUGAGUGACUGAAUGGGGGAGGACACUGGACGUGUUUUGGACUGAAGUUGCGUGUUCGUUUGUUUAGUGCAUGCAUUUUGCGAUUGCUUUAGCUGCAUGGGCGGUAGUACCACGUUGCAAUGUGUGAGUCCGUUUCGUGCCUUCCGGCUGAUGUUUCUUUCCGCAGCCUUGAGCUGGUUUUCGUUUAGCCAUGGGCUGUGCAAUCUUUGGCUUGCCAUGGUAGUGUUCUGAACUUUACACGCCACAGCAGCAUUCGUAUGUCUAUGUGCGCGUUUCUGCGGCAACAGCAGCCACCGCUUGCGGCAACCGAUGUGUUGAAGCAUGUCUUUUUGUUACUGAGCUACGUUGCGAACUGGUCAUUCAUCUUCGUCAUUGAAUGAUGGAUUGGCGGGCAUUCGUGCUGUGUGUGCUCUAAAUGCGCCAUAACCGACCGGCGAACGUCCAUUCAGUGUUGCGGUUCGAACGUUUUGCUGGUGUAUUGGAUCUUACAUCUUACUAGGUGUUCUACCAGGUGCCCUUUGUGUGGCUCUGGCUGAACUUCAUGCGUUCGCUCGCCUGCAAGUGGUUUACAUUGUGCAAUGGGAAACCACCCAGCGUGAGCAUGAAGGGAAACGGUUAAAUCGUGCUGUUAGGUAUCCUUUGGGCUCCGUUUUGAUUGCAUGGCGCGCAAAGAAUAGCAGGAAUAAAUGUUUUGGGUGGCUAGCUGGUUUUCACAUAUGCCCCUGGGUGACCCGUGGGUCUUUGCUCUUAUGCAUGGUAACAGCCGUGUACGGUGCGUGGCUUGUCCUGUUAACGGGCGCCGUUUCGACGGGUGCGGUUGUCGAUGUGAUGCCCUCCUUAAUCAUUUAUGGCUUUAUGACGAAACAAGAAUUGCGGCGACGAAAAGGACCAAUUGCUGAUGGAAAUCAAGGCUUUGCAUGCAGGGCAGGGAUCGCGCUCACUAACGCUAUGUAUGCUUGCAUGGCUACGUUGGAGUUACCUUGCUUACUGGGUUGGACAUAAUAAUGUGGCUUAACUGCUAAAUGCAGUUGCAAGGUUAGGCAGUGCGCCUCCGUCACUGUGAGGUUUUGUCUUCGUGGCAGGUUAUUGUGGUCCAUUAAUAAAUCUGUGAUACAAAGGUCCAACCCCGUCCGACCCCGAAUUAAGACAAUGCUAUGGUAUGUGAUGCAGUGUAUGCAGUGCAAAAAUACCCUUUUGCUGGCUUUCAGAUGGUCUCCCCUGGGUCUCACGACCAUUCUUGUGCUGCGGUUAUGCCGAAUAAGAACUUGUGAUUGCGGCUGGGUUUCGUCCAAUAAUUAUUAGUCUAUCAGGACUGGGCGUCAUACUAAUAGGAGUAGUUGGUUUGAAUGAUGACAACCUGCAAGGCGUGUGGCUGGAUUUCCUUACGUCAGUCCGGCAUGUUUGUUCGUCGUUCAACGCGUAGCAAGGUAGCAUGGGGGCGCAGACUUUGCACUUGACAGGGCCUGCCGGCCUCCCUGCCUGCGUGUAUCUGAUUAAUGUGACGCAUGACUAUACGGCAGACAUGUUGUAGGCGACAGUGCGUGUAUGCGUGUACUUAAUAAGCAUGUUGUAUCUGACGGUAAUAAAUGGUGGGGCCAUGUUUCCUGGUUUAGGGUACCGGCUGAGGUUAUAGACGUUGUUUUUAAACGUCAACAUCUAGCUACCGGUAUCUACCUGGAAGAGUCCCGCGUCUGCUGCUGUCAAGCUUGGUAGGACAGCUGGGUUCGGCCUGCCUGCCUACCUGCAGCUAUAAGAGUUUAUGUGCGGCGCAGGUGUCGUUUUGUUGGGCGAUCUGUAGUGCUUUACUAUGUGGCAGUAGCACCUUCUGUUGCCCGAUAUAAAGUGCCGCCGGCAUGCUGCGUACGGCCCCGCCCGGCUUGACGUCCUUGACUACACGGCACAGCUGUUACGUGGAAGCAGUACGUAUACUUCGUACGCACCUUUGCAUUUGCUGGCUAAGAAGUGGUGGGGGCAUGUUUCAGGUUAGGAAUGAGGUUGUAGCACGGAUAAUUACGAAACGUCGACAUUUACCUACCUGGCGAUGCCCCACUUUUGCUGAUGGGAUGCACGGUUGGAUGGCCCGGUUCGAUCCUACCUGCAGCUAUGUAUGUGCGGCGCCGGGCGGCUUUAUGUUGGGCGCUCUGAGUUGUCUAUGGUGUAGUAGUAGUAAUGCUGUUUGUUGCCUAUAAAGAAGGAGGGCCGCCGGCAUGCCGUGCACGGUGGCAGCUAGACAGCAUCUGAGGUGAGCCUGAUGUACGCUGUAAAAUGCAGGUGACAGCUGUAAUUUUAACGUUGAAGAGGAGCCGAGGACAACGGCUACUGGCAUGCACCGGUGGCCAGGCGAUGCUUGCGGCAUGCUACUUGGCCGGCCGCUUGGGCAAAACUUAACCGUCAUCUAUUGGUUUCCAACUAAUUGAGAUAAUUGGCAUAGUUGUGGGUGCAGAACAGUGAACAGGGCAGGCACGCGUGUGAGACGUUGUAGCAAACAAACUCACCUUUGUCGCUAGGCGAAAUGGAUGCGGGUGGGGG